AUGGACGAGCUGGUGGCGCCCUUUGUGCAGGUGGUGGGUGAGAAGGCAGUGCGCUUUGCCGUGGCACAGUACAGUGAUGAUCCACGAGUGGAGUUCCCAUUCUCCCAGCACACAGAUGGUGCAAGCGUCCGGAGGGCCAUCCAGCAGCUGAGCUACAAGAGUGGCAACACGCGGACAGGCGCUGGCUUCCGCUACAUUGCUGACAACUUCUUCGGCCCCACGCAGCGCCGGCCUGGGGUCCCCCAGAUCUGCAUUCUCAUCACGGAUGGCAAGUCCCAGGAUGAUGCUGAGGGGCCAGCAGCAAAGCUGAAGAGCCAGGGCAUCAAGGUCUUUGCCGUGGGUAUUAAGAAUGCUGACCACAAAGAGCUGAUCCGUGUGGCCUCAACACCUACUGAGGCCUUCUUCUUCUACGUUGGUGAUUUCAAGCUGCUGGACACGCUGGUGCCACUGAUGACACGCAGGGUGUGCACGAGUGUUGGGGGCACCCUCCAUCAGCCCCUGUGCUACCCCACAGAUGGGCCAAGCCACACUGGCCCCUCCAACCUGGAGAUCCCAGAGGGGGGCCUCGACCAUCUGCGGAUCCGCUGGAGAGCAGCCAGUGGUCCCAUCACUGGCUACCGGGUGCAGUAUGUGCCACUGACAGGGCUAGGGCAGCCCAUCAUGGCAGAGAGGCAGGAGGUGAGCGUGGGACCACGGGAGACAAGCACUGUUUUACGGGGACUGCGUGUUGGGACAGAGUACCUGGUCACUGUCACUGCCCAGUAUGCCAACAGCAUCGGCGAGUCAGUGUCUGGCCGAGCACGAACCCGACACCUGGUGGGUGUGCAGCACCUGACAGUCCACAACGUGUCAGCACAGAGUAUGCUGCUGGCCUGGCAAUCUGUCAGUGGUGCUACUGGCUACCGGCUCUCCUGGGCAACCCGCACAGGGCAGGACAGGCACAGGGUGGACCUGGAUGCUGGGCAGACGUCGCACGCAUUGGUGGGGCUGCAGCCCAACACCGACUAUGUGGUGACAGUGGCCCCACUCUUCAGGCAGCUGGAGGGGCCCACAGCCACUGUGCGGCAGAGGACAGAGGCAGGUACAGAUCAGACACUGCAGACCAACAUCCUGGGCCCCACAUCCAUCCAGGUGCUCUGGACCAGUGCCCGUGAUGCUCGUGGCUACCGUCUGGAGUGGAAAAGAGCCACAGGACCAGAGCCCCCCAGAACGGUGUCUCUCCCCAGCAACACCAAUACUUACCAGCUGACGGGGCUGAAGCCAGGCACUGAGUACCGCAUCACCCUCUACACACUCUACGAUGGUGGGGAGGUGGCCACUCCUGUCACCACCUUUCAGACAGGCAUGGAGGCACCCCUGAGUGCUGUGUCAGACCUGCGGCUCGUUGAGGAAUCAGGCAGGCGGGUACGGCUGAGCUGGACGGGUGUCCCUGGUGCCACUGAAUACAAAGUGGUGGUGCGCAACAACCAGGGUGAGUCUAGGACGAGACGCAUCCCAGGCAGCCAGACAGGGCUGGAGCUUGGUGACCUCCGGGAGGGCAUCGCCUACCUGGUGCGUGUUUCGGCACUAGCAGGCACUCAGGAGGGCAAUGCUGCCACGCUCACCAUCCGCCUCAAGUAUCCAGAGGUGGGCAGCAUUUCGGAGCUGCGGGUGAUGGAGGCUGGUCCCAGUCAGCUGCGGGUCACCUGGCGAGGGCUACCAGGUGCCGGGGGCUACCUGCUGACAUGGCAAGGCACUGAUGGUCUGAAGAAAUCCCGCUUCCUCCCUGCUGAUCCCACCUCCUUCACCAUCGAGGGGCUGCAGGCCAACGUUGUCUACACCGUCAGUGUCUCAGCCAUUGUGGAUGGCCGUGAGGGCAGCCCUGUCACUGCCACGGGACGGAUAGUGCCGGAGCAGGUGGGGAAGGUGACCCAGCUGGAGGUGCAGGCAUCCAGGAGCAACGUUGCCCGUGUCACUUGGGUCGGUGUGCCGGGAGCCACUGCCUACCGUGUGGUGUGGAGCCGCAGGGACGGGGGUUCGGAGAAUAGCCAGCGAGUUCCUGGCCACACCAACUCCUUUGACAUCCCCAACCUGGAGGGAGGCGUCUCCUACACUGUGAAGGUGACAGCACUCAUUGGCAACCGGGAAGGCAACCCUGUCUCUGUUGUCGUCACCACCCCGGAGGCAGCGCCCCUACGCUCUAUCAGCGGCUUCCAGGUGACCGAGGCCUCGGAGCACCGCCUGCGCCUGACCUGGCUGCCAAUGCCUGGCAGCACCGGGUACCGUCUAUUCUGGCGCCUGGCUGAAGGGGGGUCCCAGCAUAGCCAGCAGCUCCCAGCCACCUCCAGCUCUUAUGUUCUGUCGGGACUGGAACCGGGCCGGCGCUACCAGAUCAGCAUCACCAGCCUGGCUGGCAGCCGAGAGAGUGAGCCAGCCACCAUCACUGCCAUCACCACUCCCCCAAGCCACACCACCAGCCUGCGGAUAGUGGAGGUGCAGAGAGAUUCGGUGACUCUCACCUGGACCCCAGUCCCUGGUGCCUCUGGCUAUGUCCUCUCCUGGAGUCCUCCCGCAGCUGGUGGGGAGAGGGGGCAGACGCUGCCCAGCACUGCCAGCUCCCAGCAGGUCUCUGGGCUGCGCCUGGGCCAGCGCUACACCUUCACCCUCCGCCCACUCCUGGGGAGCACACCGGGUGCCGAGGUGUCCGUCAGUGAGCGCACAGUCUGCAGGGAUGCCCUCGGUGACGUGGUCUUCCUUGUACACGGCACCCGCAACAGCUCCUCUGGUGCCGACGCUGUCCGUACCCUCCUCUCCAACACCGUGUCUGCCCUGGGGCGCCUGGGCCCUGAGGGCACACAGGUCGCCCUGGCCACAUACAGCUACCGCAGCCUGCCCUGGCUGCUCCUGAACCGCUCCAGUGACCUGCCCACCGUGCUGGAACAGAUCCGUGCCAUGCGCUAUGAGGACCCCAGCGGCAACGCCAUCGGGGCAGCCAUCACCUUUGCCAGGACCUAUCUGCUGAGUCCUGGCGCAGGGCGCCGUCCCGGGGUGCCAGCAGUGCUGGUGGUUCUGGCUGACAGCCCCUCUGGGGAUGAUGCCAUCACUGUGGCCAGGGAUGUCAAGGCUGGGGGGGUCCAGGUGCUGGCAGUGAGCAUGGAGGGGGCAGACCGGGAGCAGCUCCGGCGCAUGGUCACCAGUGAGGACCCACGGUACAUCUACCAUGGCAGCGACCUGGCAGAGCUGGAGGGAGAGCUCACUGAUGACCUCUGCACCAUCAUCUCCACCAGGGGCGAGAAGGGAGACCGCGGUGAGGCAGUGAGUGCUUUGGUGACACCCUGCCACCAGCUGGUGGCUCUGGAGUGUUUGCGUCCCCCAAACCAUGCUAACGCCAACUCACAGGGGAUGCUCACUACUGGCUUUGUCUCUGCAGGGACUGCAAGGACGUAUGGGACCACCAGGUCUCCCUGGGUCGCCAUGGGCUUCCUGGCCCUCCAGGACCACCAGGGCCACAGGGUCCACCAGGAGAGAGUGCUGAGGGUCCGGGCAAAAAGGGGGACAGGGGAUUUCCUGGAGCCGAUGGGACACCAGGAAGCCCUGGACGCCCCGGGAAUCCUGGAUUACCUGGGCAGCCAGGAGAAAAGGGUGACCGAGGGGAAAGGGGAGACCGUGGGGCACCAGGCGAGCUGGGAGAGACAGGCGAGAAGGGAGACCGUGGUGUGCCAGGCCCAGAGGGGCGAUCCAGGACCACCUGGCAAGCCAGCUCCCGGUGUAGCUGGUGUUGGAGAGAAGGGUGACAGAGGUUUCCCAGGACCAGAAGGACCACCUGGCCCCAAGGGUGACACAGGAGAUAAAGGUGCCCGUGGUCCCCCUGGCCUGAGCAUCCCAGGACCACCUGGCCCCAAAGGCGAGCAGGGCGAUCGGGGUAUCGUUGGCCUCACAGGCAGGAGUGGCCCAAAGGGUGACCCAGGAGAGCCAGGGGAGAAGGGGGAGCCAGGCCGAGCAGGCACCCCUGGGCAGACCGGGCUGCGAGGCAAGGAGGGAGAGCGAGGAGAGAAAGGUGAUGAUGGCACCCCGGGUGAAGCGGGUCUGCCUGGCAAACCUGGAGACAGGGGUCCCCGGGGCCUUCCUGGCUACCGUGGUCCCCCUGGGGAGAAGGGAGACUUGGGGGACCCAGGACCUGAAGGCAGGAAUGGCAGCCCUGGAGCACCAGGGAGCAAGGGUGACCGUGGGGACCCGGGGCCCCCUGGACCCCCGGGACGAACUGGGGACCCUGGGGACCCAGGCAAGGACGGCGUGAGCGGUGCCCGGGGUGAUGCUGGCCCCCCUGGAGUGCCUGGAGAGAGGGGUGUGGAGGGCCCCCGUGGCCCCCCUGGCACACGAGGUGACCCUGGGGACCGAGGCCUGCCAGGAGAGAAGGGGGACCGUGGCCCACCAGGGCUGGAUGGCCGCAAUGGGCUGGAAGGCAAACCUGGGCCCCCAGGGCCUGCUGGGCUGCGGGGGGACCCGGGAAAGCAAGGAGAUCCUGGCCGGGAUGGGCUGCCUGGGCUGCGUGGGGAGCAGGGUCCACCUGGUCCUGUGGGUCCCCUGGGACCACCUGGUGUGCCUGGCAAACCCGGUGAGGAUGGCAAACCUGGCCUGAAUGGCAAGAAUGGAGAAGAUGGGACACCAGGAGAGGAUGGGAGAAAGGGAGACAAAGGUGAUACAGGACUACCUGGGAGAGAGGGCUCCCCAGGCCUCCGUGGGGUGGCUGGACCAAAGGGGGACCCAGGGGAGCCUGGACUGCGUGGGGAGCCGGGGCGACCUGGCAACCCUGGAGCACGUGGAGACCCUGGGACUGCAGUGAACAUUGAACGUAGCCUGGAAGCACUUGGCAUCAAGGUUUCAUCCCUGAAGGAGCUCACGGGUGCCUAUGAUGGGAGCUCAGACUCGCUUCUGCCGGGGUUUGAGCGGCUGCGGGGCCAGAAGGGCAGUCGGGGGGAUCCAGGAGAAAGGGGGCCCCCAGGCCGAGAGGGCUCCUUAGGCUUCCCUGGUGAGCGAGGACCCAAAGGUGACAAGGGGGACCCAGGUAGCCCCGGCCCCCAGGGCCCCAUGGGCCGGGCCGUGGGUGAGCGGGGUCCCGAAGGGCCGCCUGGGCAACCAGGGGAGCCUGGCAAGCCAGGCAUUCCUGGGGUGCCGGGCCGGGCUGGGGAGCUGGGGGAAUCCGGGAGGUCCGGUGAGAAGGGCGACCGAGGUGAGAAGGGCGACCGAGGUGAGCAGGGAAGGGAUGGCAUGCCUGGACCCCCAGGGCCCCCAGGGCCCAAGGUGGACGUGAUGGAGGGCAGCCUGAUGGGCCUCCCAGGAGAACGUGGCCCCAUCGGACCCAAAGGAGCGAAGGGUGAGCCAGGAGCUGAGGGCGAGCGGGGACCCAAAGGAGAUAAGGGCGAAGGUGGCUUGAGGGGUGGCCGAGGGGAGCCUGGUGAGAAGGGCAGGGACGGCGCCCCGGGUCUCCCGGGUGAGAGAGGGCUGGCAGGCCCUGAGGGGAAGCCGGGCUUGCCAGGCUUUCCUGGCGUGCUGGGACGCCCGGGCAGCACCGGCCCACCAGGGACCCAGGGCCCAGCUGGUGCCAAGGGCUUGCCUGGCCCCCAGGGCAACAUGGGCCUGCCAGGACCCCUUGGCCCCCCCGGCCCAGUGGGGGAGAGCGGGAAGCCAGGCGUGCCGGGCAGGGAUGGUGUGCCUGGGAAGGACGGCGAGGCAGGAGUGCCUGGGAAGAUGGCCAUCGCUGGCCCCCCUGGAGCCAAGGGAGAGAAGGGUGAGCCGGCGCUGCUGGAGGGUGUGCUGCUGGGAGAGCCCGGCUCCAAGGGCGACCGAGGCUUGCCAGGCCCCAAGGGUGAGAAGGUGAGCGCUGCCCUGGAGGGAGCCAAGGGAUCCCCUGGAGCCAAAGGGGAGAAGGUAUGUGUCCCCUGCCCCCAGGGGUUCCCCCACCUGGGGGAUGCUCUGGGUGGCAUGAUGGCCCUGGCAUCCCUGUGCCCACCAGCCAGGGCGCUCCAGGGGCUGGGCUGCCAGGAGCCAGAGGUGAACGUGGUGACCCAGGACCACGGGGUGAAGAUGGGCGUCCAGGGCCAGAAGGGGAUCGGCUUACCUGGGAACCGUGGGGAGCGUGGGGACAAGGGAGACCUUGGGGCCCCAGGACCCAAAGGAGACAAGGGUGAUACUGUGGUGGUGGAGGGGCCGCCUGGAGCACGGGGCAGCAAAGGGGAGCCGGGGGAGCGUGGCCUGAAGGGCACAGAAGGGGACAAAGGGGACAAGGGGGAGCAAGGCAUGCUUGGAGACAAGGGCACGAGGGGUGAGCAAGGAGAGAAGGGCUCCAUGGGCUUCCCUGGGGCACGCGGUCCUAGUGGACAGAAGGGAGAGGUUGGAGCUCCAGGAGAGCCUGGCGAGCCGGGUCAGCCUGGCCGUGAUGGGAUCCCCGGGGCCCGGGGAGAGAAGGGGGACAUGGGACCCCUGGGCAUGCGUGGCCUCAAGGGUGACCGAGGCAUGAAAGGUGCCUGUGGCCUCAAUGGGGACAAGGGUGAGAAGGGAGAUCCAGGGAUCCCCGGGCGCUCUGGACUGCCAGGGAGGAAAGGCGAGCCGGGAGAUCUGGGUCUGUCAGGACCACCAGGCAUUCCAGGAAAAGAAGGGCUCAUGGGACCCAAGGGUGACCGAGGAUUUGAUGGGCAGCAGGGAGCCAAAGGAGACCAGGGGGAGAAAGGAGACCGGGGUGCCCCGGGUGUUAUGGGUGUCCCUGGUCCCCGGGGCAGUGACGGUGCUCCUGGACCCCCUGGACCCUCAGGGAGUGUUGGCCCACGAGGUCCUGAGGGCAUGCAGGGCCAGAAGGGGGAGAGAGGCCCCCCUGGACAGUCAGUGCCAGGCGCACGCGGCGUGCCUGGUAUCCCUGGUGAGAGAGGAGAGCAGGGCAGUCCUGGCGCCCACGGGCUCCGUGGGGAGAAGGGGGAGCCAGGCAUGACGGAGGAGGAGAUCCGUGGCUUCGUCAGGCAGGAGAUGAGCCAGCACUGUGCCUGUGGUGGCCACUUUCCACGACACCAGGAUUCACGUGAGCACUCAGGAGGCUGGGGGGCUCAGGCCAGGAGCAGCUUCCAUUCUGCCCAGGGAGCAGGAAGAAUCGUCCGCCAGGAGAGAGAGCAUGACCAAACAGGGUCCUUCUCCACUCAGCCGUUCCUUGCUGGCAGUGCUCAUGUAGUCCCUGUGCUCAAGUUGUCACAUGCUGAGGAGGAUGAGGGGCAGGACAGGCAGAUCACGCUCGACAGUGAUGACCUCGGGUAUGACAGCAUGGAUGGAGAGGAGGAGGAUUAUGAUGAGGUCCUGGAGAGGGACAGCUUGGAGCAGCCCGCAGUGGAUGCUGAGCCCUGCAGGCUGCCCCUGGAUGAGGGGAACUGCCAGCGCUACACCCUGCGGUGGUACUACAACCAAAGAGUCACCGAGUGCCGGCCCUUCGUCUACAGCGGCUGCCAGGGCAACCUCAACCGCUUCGACAGCAAGGAGGAGUGUGAGCUGCACUGUGGGCAGCGCCCAGGGGCAGGUAGGCAGAGCUUGGCACACCGGCAGAUCCAGCAGCAUCUCCACCUUGUGCUGUGGACUCAGCAAUGCAGAGCUGGGGGUGCAGUGCUGGUCCCCCACAUCAGCUCUGACAGCGCCUUGCUUCUCUCCGCAGAUUCCCGUGGCGAUGCCGGCAGCAAGGCACUCCUGGCCACGCUGCGAGGCAGGAUGCUGCUGUCCUUCCUGGUGGUCCUCGGGGCACCAACGAGAGCCUGGAAGGGACCGAGCCGUGAGCGGCUCCCGCCAGCCCCCCGAGCUGUGGAUGGAGGGAAGCUGAUGAGGCAGGAAACCACCAGCAAUAACAAGAUGCUGCCAGGUGUCUCCAAAAUGAGGAGGGGUGACGAUGGCUCUGGGGCAGGGUCUCAUCUGGACAAAGCCAGCCUGCCACUGCUAGAGGGAUCAGAAAGACAAGCACUGCCCUCGCUGAUGAGCCCAGCCACGAAGAGAGAUGCUCCCAGGAAAAAGGGGAGGAAGGUGUCCCUGUCACUCGAUGUCGACAUUCACUUACUGAAAAUCCUGCUCGACCUGGCCAGAGAGAAGGAACUGCAGGCCAAGGCAGCUGCCAAUGCCGAGCUGAUGGCUCGCCUGGGGCGCAGGAGAUGA